AUGUCGACCGUACCCACCGCCGUCAGCCAAAUCUCGGAAAAUCCUUCGGCGAAUGCCGUGACUUCGGCCGUUGGCUCCAAGCAGAAGGCUGCGGAUGUGGACCGCAAGAUGCGCUUCUUUGGCGUCAUCCAGGCUUUCCGCGAGGGUCGCUACCCUGACAACCAGCAGAUCGACGACACGCUCAAGUACACGCUCGCCAACAGCCCCGUCGACACGAGCAAGCUCUCGCCCGACGGCAAGAAGCUCAUCCAGGACGUUCGCGAGCUUAUCGAGACCGCUCGCCAGGUCGUCGUCAACAAGAACGGCGAGGAAGAGUUUCAGAACUUCCUCUAUGCCACGCGCAAGGCUGACAUUGCCGGCAACGUCAACGUCAACGCUCCCAUCUCGGGCGCCGAUGCCAAGAAGGACGGCGAGACCGCCGGAGAAGCGUUCCGCACGCUUCUCACCCUCUUCCUCCGCAACGGCGAGCUGCGCAAGAUCAUCCAGGAUCUCGGCUACAUUGGGCGUGACAUGUUCGCCGAUGGCGCCGCCAAGGCCGCCGAGGUUUCGCGUCCAGGUGAGGACAGGCUUGCUGGCGUCGACCAUCCCGCUCCUGACAACGAAUUCCACGACGACAUUCCCAAUGCGCUCCGCAAAAAGGAACAGGUCAAGGCUGACGCUCAGGAUACCGUCGCGCACGCCAAGGCCGAGGGAGCCGCACACGCUCAGGACGUGACGGACGCUGUGGACCCCAACGCCAGCCGCGAACAAAACCAGGCAGCUGUCGCUGACGUUGCCAACGCCAAGGCCCAGGCGUUUUCGGACAGGAUCCCGCAGAAGCACAAGGACCUCGCCAAGCAGCACUCGGACAAGGCUCAAGAGUACCUCAAGGACAAGUUCCCCAAGGAGCGCCGCGACCAGUUCUACUACCGUCUCAAAAAGAUUGUUGUCGAAUGCCAGCGUCACAAAGACUACCAAGAUGCGAUGGACUACUUCCUCAACUUCUUUGAGCAGUACAAGGGCCAUGCUGCUAGCGUCGUCAACCAGUCGACGCAGAGCGCCCAGAGCGUCCGCUCUGAAGGCAACGUUGCUACCGCCGAGACCACGUUCCGUCGUCUUCUCGAGCGUUUUGCCAACGGUGCGCCCACCCAGCCCAUCAUUGACGCCAUCGACCAGAUCUACACCGACGUCGCUAACGACCCGGAGCUCAAGCAGUGGUUCAGUCGUCUGGACACGUACGUGCGCAAGUGUCUGCAGGAGCCGGGCUUCAUCAUGAAGGACGAGGCCAACACGCAGGCCCGACAGCUCACCGAGUCGGGCAAAAAGUUCUUUGUCGCCGCCGAUGGCCGCAGCCAGGGCAAAUACGUGCCCCACAAGGACAAUCUGUUCCGCGAGAUUACGCACUUUGCCAAAGCCAUGGGCAACGAUCCUCUCAACAAGAAGCUCGGCGACAACAUUCAGCAGAUCACCAAGGAUCUUUUCCUCAACGCCGACGGCGGUCUCACCUUCAAGCCGCACCUCUGGAGCGACAUUCGCGACCCGAUCCUCCCCGAACUGCUCAGCCAUGUUGGACUGGUUCCUCUGCCUCGUAUCGAGUACACGGAUCCACAGGUGGACUUGGUCAUUGAGAACCUCGCGAUUGAUCUGCUCAACAUCCUGCCUUCGCAGGUCGAGAUGGACAUGCGUAACUACUUUAAACUUUCGCAGUUUGACAAGCUCGGCGACAAGCACCAGCACUCGUUCAAACUGACACUUCACCAGAUUCAGACCGACAUGCGCGACGUCCACUUUUUCUUCAAGAAGAAGCAGGGCUUCCCCAAGCUCAACGAGAAGGGCACCGCCGAUGUGUUCCUAGGCGGCAAGGGUCUGACCGUCACGGUUCACCUCGAAGCCGAAAAUGCGCCUCGUACGAAAAAGAGCCGCCACAUCUUUACCGUCAAGCAGGUGGUCGCCAAGGUGGACAAGCUCAAGUUUGCCAUUCGCGACAGCAAGCACGACACGCUCAUCAAGGUGCUGCGCCCACUUGCCACUGGCAUCAUCAAGAAGGCCGUCUCCAAGGCUGCCGAGCAGGGAAUCCGCAACGCGCUCCAGGACGUCGACCGACAGCUCGUCGAGCUGCGCGACCGCAUCGAACGCAACAAGCAGACUCAAGGCAAGGGAGUUGGCGACGCCUUGAAAGAGACGUUCCAGAAGGACAAGUCCGACGAGCCCAAGAAGAACGACGGCUCGUUUAAGCUCGCCACUUCAAAGCGCAACUCGAUCCUGCCUAACCUUGGCCACCCGGACGGUUGGAUCCAGAAGAUUGACGAGAAGGACGCCGCCGCCAAGGCAACCCCCCGCCACGUGAACAAGGACUGGUAUUCACCCGCCUUUAGCAUUGUCGCUUCUGGCCAGAAGGAUCCUCGCAACACUGUGUCGGCCAAGACUCAGAACCUCGGCCCUUCGCCCGCCAACGCUGGUGCUGCUGCUGCUGGUUCUGCUGGUUCUGCUGGUGCUGCUGGUGCUGCUGGUGCUGCUGGUGCUGCUGGUGCUGCUGGUGCUGCUGGUGCUGCUGGUUCUGCUGGUCUUGCUGGCGCUGUUGCAGGUGCUGGUUCAGGUGCUGCCGGACCAACGACGAGCGUCUCUAAUGCUGCCGCUCAGGGUGCCGGUCAGCCCGGUGGCACGGCCAGCGCCUACUCGACUCAGAACGGCACGCAUGCGCCUGGUGCUUUGAUCGCCGGCACCGGUGCCACGGCGCUGCCCGCUAGCACCGGCGCUGCUGCUGCUGCUGCUGCUGCUGCCACACACGACGAGUCGUUGCAGACCAAGGCGGCACCCGCAAUCAACGGCGCGGCACACAGUGCCACCGAGGCGGUACAACCGGUGAACCCUGCAUACGAGGCGGGCACCAUCACCAAGUGA